AUAUUAGUAGCAGUAGUAGCAGAAAUAGUAGCAGCAGCAGCAGCAGCAGCCAUUGUGGCGGUGUCGGCGGCGGUGUCGGUGGAAGCGGUGGAAGCGGUGGAAGAGGUGCGUGUGUCGUUGUAGCAGUAGAUGCAAUAUCCGUAGAAAAUGUUGAUGUUACUGGAGGCGUCCAGAGUGGAGGGUAAAAGGAGGACUAAUUCACUGUUCGAAUGACCAAUGGAUUCGUUACACCACCCGAGCUGACAGACAAUGAGUCCGAGUCGAGGGGGACUCUACAUACCAGCGCUCUUGCUAAAUAUUUGUACUUUCCUCAACACAUGCUCGGGACAGACAGGCUACGCAGAACCAGACACUUGCGGAACUCGAUUCAUAAUCCCGUACCUCAGCGACUCCAUCAAAUGCGAGGUCAGUAUUGAAGUUGUACCGCAGCUACUCAACACCACCAACAUCACUCUCACAUCUUCCCACAUGAAUUCGUACCUUAAUGCUAGUUAUGAAAUCGCCCCAAACAGUUCUCUUGUAAUAGAGCUGAACUUUCCCAGAAUCCGUCUGCAGGAUGCCAUGUUGGAAGAAGAUAAAGCAGUAGCUUUGUUGCUAAUAGCCACAGGAGAUGUGUGUGUUAUGUACGGCCGGCAGAAAGGGGACAGGAGCCAGUUGUAUCCUACAGACACUUUCGGAACUGAUUACGUCAUCAUGACCCCCAGUACGUCUAUAAACAUGUCUUCAACGGUUUACAUCUUACCUCAAGGUAUUCCAAAAACUUUGACCAAUGUCACGCUGACCGUCAACAGCAACAGUUCUCUGUGUGACCUACUUAUCUGCGGACUUGGGGACACGGAGUUCAAUUACACCAUUAAACCAAACGAGGUUCUGGCCUUGGACGAUGGCAAUUUGAUGGACGGUGUGAAAAUAAGCGCCAGCCGACCAGUCGGAGUUCUAGUUGCUGGUAUAUCAGCAUAUGACCCACGAAAUGGUACUGUGUGUUUUGAACCUCCGAUAUCCACUUCGGAAAUGUUGCCACCGGUCACUACAUGGGGGAAAAUGUUCGUUGCUGUACCUUUGACGCCAGAAAUACUUGUCACUCUGAAAAUUACAGGUGAAACUAACGUGACGGUUACCCUGGAAACCACAGUGGCAUCAUAUAUGGUCAAAGACUCAGAUGCGCUUCAAUUGGACUUUCUAAAUGAAUGCUAUAUCAUGUUAAAAUCGGUUAAACCGAUCCAAGUGAUGUAUAUCACGAAUGUAAGUUCGUAUGACCAACAGACUAUGUACAAGAACGACUUCAUCUUGCCACCGUUGGAACAGUACAUAGGUUACCAGGCUUUUUCCCUGAAAAGCCAACACAACGCCAGUUCGUUGGUUGCUGUCAGUCCGUCAACACUCGGAGAUGAACCAUCGUCACAAGUUUUACUUGAUUAUUACACCAACGAAACAGCUACUCACGUCUACAAGCUAACUCAGGAGAACGUAACGGUUACACGAGUUGGGAAUCUUCAAGGCACGUACCAUUCGAUCUUAGAUAUUAAAAUCAAUACUUCUUAUGGAAUGCUUUACGACGCCGACCGAAGUAGUUUUAGUGUGCUGGGAAUGCGUUUGACAACCCUGAAUAAGCAGUGUCAAUUAAACACGUCUCGCAAUGCAUCAGAAAAUGGUAGCAGUGAGCAGUCGAACUGUAACGAACAGAUGUUAAACGGCGGUAACGAAACCCUUUUGUCGGUUUCCGACGAAUCGGGCCCGCUGUUGUCGUCGCAGUCGGUGUUGGUUAAAAAUGAAGACACCUUUAAGAUGUCGUCACGGUUCUCGGUGAAAGGAAGUAAAGACGCCCACCAUAUUGCCGACACAUCUCUCAGUAGCAAUAUAGUGGCGGUGAUUGUCUCCCUUUCUGUUGCCUUAUUUGCCGUUUGUGUGGUGAUUGCUUCGUUCGUCUUGAUUGAAUUAAUCACAAGACGAAAGCAGUUACGCAGCACAAAGAUCAGACCAUUCGUCUCUUAGUAAUUCCUUUGCAUUAACAAAAAAAAAAGAAAAUGGAGAGAAAUACGUGAAUAAUUUUAAAAAAAAAAAGGAGAAACAAACAAAUAAAUCAACAA